GCUGCCUUAGGCUUGUUUUUCCUCGGCUAUCCUCUAACUUUUUGGUUUCUGUCUCCCCACUUGUUCCCCUCAUGGAGCUUUCACAUUGUGGCGACAUGCUGAAGGUCACCCUUCAGGAGGGUCCCCUCUCAGAGGCUAUGUUGGCACCCGCCUCUGCGGUGUCUGGGACCACUGCCGUGUGUGCUGCUGGGCUUUCUGAGGGAACGAUUGCUAAAAGCUCUGAGAUGGCUCCGUGCCUAGAGCCCUUUCCACCCCGAAAAGUGGCAAAGACCAAAUACUUAAAGGUCCCAGACGUGACCUAAAAGAAAAAGGAAUGCAAGCUGGCCUCCGGCGGGGCUCCGCUUUGUGAGAGGCUUCAGCUACAGGCAGUACAGGUGCAGCUAUCACCAACGAAAGUCUCUGAGAUUCCCGCCAAAACCAUGGCGGCCAUUAUGGUCUCUCCUCAGCCCGUGCCUGUUUCUAAGGCUUCGCCUUUGGUUUUGCCGCUCGCUGCUUCUGCACUCCUACAGGGGGUGCGCUCAGAAAUGCCUGAGACUAUUACUGGCCCUAACAAUGAGGCUUUUUCAGCCGUCAUGGCUGCUCAUUGUACAGCAGACAGAACAGCUUAGCAAGAUCAUGAAGACACAUGCAGAAGAUUUGAAUGCUGGACCAUUACAUAGGCUUACUAUGAUGAUUAAAGACAAGCAGCAGAUAAAGAAGAGUUACAUAGGUGUUCAUCAGCAAAUUGAAGCAGAGAUGCUCAAGGUAACAAAAACGGAAUUGGAAAAAUUAAAAUCUAGCUAUAGACAAUUAAUUAAGGAAGUAAAUUCUGCUAAAGAGAAGUACAAGGAAGCACUGGCUAAAGGAAAGGAGACUGAGAAAACCAAAGAUCGUUAUGAUAAAGCCACUAUGAAACUCCACAUGUUACACAAUCAAUAUGUGUUGGCACUUAAAGGAGCCCAGUUACACCAGCACCAGUAUUAUGAUACUACGCUCCCUCUGUUCCUUGACUCCUUACAAAAGAUGGAGGAAGAAAUGCUAAAAGCACUAAAAGGAAUCCUUGAUGAAUACAGUCAGAUCACCAGCCUUGUAACAGAAGAAAUAAUGAAUGUUCAUAAAGAGAUCCAGUCUUCUGUCGAACAGUUAGACCCAAGUUUGGAGUACAGUAAUUUCAUAGAAGGUCACAGGACACCAGAUGUUGUACAACAAGAAAUAGAGUUUGAUACCUCUUUGUUGGAAGAAAAUGAAAAUCUUCAAGCUAAUGAGAUCAUGUGGAAUAAUUUGACAGCUGAAAGUUUGCAAGCCAUGUUAAAAACAGUAGUAGAAGAGCUGAUGCAGACACAGCAGACACUUCAAAACAAGGAGGAGCGUGUACUGGAAUUAGAAAAGAAGAUAGAAGAGUCUUCUACGAUCUGUGAAAGGAAAUCUGAUGUUGUGUUACUGCUAAGCCAGAAGCAGACCCUGGAAGAACUGAAGCAAGCAGUUCAGCAACUGAGAUGUACUGAAGUAAAGUUUGCAGCCCAAAAAGAACUUCUGGAACAAAAAAUGCAAGAAAAUGAAGGGAAGGAGCCUCCACCUGUUGUAAACUAUGAGGAAGAUGCCAGAUCAGUUUCUUCUAUGGAUAAGAAAGAUAAAGUUUCCAGAUUUGAUAACCUUCGGCACUCUAUUGCUGGAAUGAUUAGGUCUCCAAAGUCAAUGCUGGGCUCUUCAUCGAUUAUGGAGAAAAGGAGGGAAGGCAACUGUAUGGCAACAGUAGGAGGGACAAGCUCUAAGUUCUUUGAUGUAAUAUCGACCAGCGAAAAACCACUAUCAGAGCAAGAUUGGUAUCAUGGUGCAAUCCCGAGAAUAGAAGCUCAAGAGCUGUUAAACCAUCAAGGAGACUUCUUGGUGCGAGAGAGUCAUGGGAAGCCUGGUGAAUAUGUCCUUUCUGUGUUUUCAGAUGGACAACGGAGGCACUUCAUCAUACAGUAUGCUCAUGCUGAUAAUCAGUAUCGAUUUGAAGGAACAGGGUUUUCAACAAUUCCUCAGCUAAUAGAACAUCAUUACACAACAAAACAAGUAAUUACCAAGAAAUCGGGUGUUGUUCUGCUGAAUCCUGUUAUGAAGGAUAAGAAAUGGAUUCUGAAACAUGAAGAUGUCACACUGGGAGAAUUGCUUGGCAAAGGUAAUUUUGGUGAAGUAUAUAAGGGAACAUUAAAAGACAAAACUCCUGUUGCUGUAAAAACUUGCAAAGAAGACCUUCCUCAGGAACUGAAAAUAAAGUUUUUAUCAGAGGCCAGAAUACUCAAACAGUAUGACCAUCCAAAUAUUGUAAAGCUUAUAGGAGUAUGCACUCAAAGGCAGCCUAUUUACAUUGUUAUGGAGCUUGUUCCAGGAGGUGAUUUCCUCUCCUAUUUAAGGAAGAAGAAGGAUGAACUAAAAACCAAGCAGCUAGUGAAAUUUGCAUUAGAUGUUGCUGCUGGAAUGGCAUAUCUUGAAUCCAAAAACUGUAUACACAGGGACCUUGCUGCAAGAAACUGUCUAGUAGGUGAAAAUCACAUGUUGAAAAUCAGCGACUUUGGAAUGUCUCGUCAAGAAGAUGAUGGAGUAUAUUCAUCUUCCGGCUUAAAGCAGAUUCCCAUCAAAUGGACAGCUCCAGAGGCUUUAAACUAUGGACGAUACACUUCUGAAAGUGAUAUAUGGAGUUAUGGAAUCUUCCUCUGGGAGACCUUCAGUUUAGGUGUAAGUCCAUACCCAGGAAUGACCAAUCAGCAAGCACGAGAACAAGUGGAGAAAGGCUAUCGAAUGUCAGCACCCCAGAAGUGCCCAGAGGAAAUCUAUAAAAUAAUGCUGCGGUGUUGGGAUUAUAAUCCUGAAGUCAGACCAAAAUUCAGUGAGAUUCACAAAGAGCUGUCUGCAUUGAAAAAGAAAGUGACAUAGAGAGAAACAAGCAGGACUCAAACUACAGGACUCUUUUCUCUUUUUCCAGAAAAGUAAUAUUUUCUGUCAUGAACACUAUGCGUUUAUACCACAUUACUUUCACUAUUCUUCUAGGAUUCUUUUUUAAAGUAUCUGUUUGUAUGCCAGUGUGUCAGACUGAAAAAUGUCAACCAUAUGCUAAAGAGAAAGAGAGAGCUCUGCCAAAUGCUAUAUAUCCAGUCACAGUGAUGUUGUUACUUAGGUUAUGUGUAAAUAGAAAACACAUAGUAUAUAUAGAUUUAAGAAACUCUGGAUCCUCUCUAUUACUGUGAGAAACCCCUAGCAAUGUCUUUCAGUAUUUUUUCUCUUCUUUUGAUUCGGCUCCAGGUUUUCACAGCAGUCACACUGUAAGCUGGGUGGUUUAUGCACCAUUCCUACAAAUCUUAAAACCGAAGGCACAGUCUUUAGUAUUACCUCAAUUUCAAAGAUUAUACAACAAAGUGCUCUGGGGUGAAAAAUAUCCACCGGCUUAUGUAAUCUUGGAUAUACUUGUAUUCUUUUUUUUCUUGCAGAUAUUCCAAGACAGGAAACAUUUCCAAUAUAAAAGCAUUAUUUAUUUUCAAUUUUUAAGCAGGAGAAAAGAGCUCAAAUCAUCAGGAAUCGGCAUGCUCAAGUCUGUGUGUGGUAUAGCCUUUUUUUAAAAAAAAAUCCCAAACUGAAUUUUUUGUGUGUGAUGUAUUUGUCAGGAAAUGCAGAUGAUUAGUCUUUCAGAAGGAUGAGGUAUGGCAAUACACAGUUGCUUUUGAGCAUGGACAUUUAGAAGUGCUGUCAACAAGAAACAUGUUUGAGAAUGAGAGUGGCAUAUAAUGAAGGUAACCAGUAGCAUUGAUUUUGGAUAGGGAAGGGAAAGUGAAUUACCAGAUUGGCCUUUGGAAGCUCUGUGAAUUGAUGUUCCUGUUCUGUAUGCAGUUGGAGCAAGAAAAUGGGGAAAAAUAUAUUCCAUGCACAGUGUCCAAAGAGAGAAGGUAUUUUUCAGUAGCAGAAAGAAAUUUUUAAGGAAACUGAAACAAGAAAAUGUUAUCUUUUGUCAAAAACAACACUGAAGAAACUACAGAAUUGAAAAAUUAAGUUGUAGAACUCCAGUUCUCUAAUUGUGUUUGGAUUUUUGUAGGUUUAUUAAAUGAACAAUUUGCAUACUUGAAAUGAAAAGUUGGUAUCAACAUAUGCCUUGCUAGACGAAAAGUAAUGAAUGGGGUAAUGAGUUUGGGGCUUCCUGGAUAGGAACCUUUCCUAGCUACUUCAUUAGUUGAUGGCAUGGUUCUAAAAUGAGGGAUCCAUCCUGUUAAAAGGAUGUUAAUUUGUGCCUAAGAGACAGCAAAACAAUGACCACAGUACAUCAGAAGGUUGAUCAUUCUAACUCACUUUGAGAGGUUACCCUAACUGAGCAGGGUAAAGAUGGGAAAACAAAACAACAUUCUGAACCUUAAAUGAUCUUUUGUACUGUAGGAUCAAGAUGUUGGUCAAGAUUUAGACUGUAUUACAUGCUGUUUUGCUGAUUCUUCUGGCCAGAGCACAUUUGCUCUUCUGUGUGUUUUUGUGGUAGUACAGAGUGGUAAUGUCGAAGAGGAUAUAUUCUACUUGUAGUCUAGAAAGGUUGAUGUCAUGAUGAUAAAAAUAAUGUCUAAAUAAAACAGUGAAGCAUUGUAACAGAGAAAAUAUUCUUCAGUGUAAGUGGAUAUGUUAGCAGUCUAGUACAAGGGACUUUGGGGGCUUCUUGUCUUGUUACACAAGGAUUGAUACAUGGAUUCAGAAAUCUAGUGCAGAAGCAAAAGGGUGGAAAGGAAAUUUAGUGUUGUCUGUUUAUCGUGGCAGUUUCUUUAGUUAAGAGUGCAUAAAUACUGGUCUUAAACAUUUGUUUUAACACAAAUAGGAAAUAUGUUGAUGACAGUGAUCCUAAAGAGAUCCAUUGUAGUGUGCCUUAAUUCAUUGGCAUUCCUCUGUUAACUAAAAUGCACAAGGACUGAAUGGGGGAGAGACACCAUGUGCGGGGAGUGGGGAGUCACAAAUCACCCAGAUGCAAGUCUUCUUCAUCUAUGCAUUCAUUAAUGUACAAAUGUAAGGACAAGAAUGUAUUUUCUUUUAUUCAUGGUGUUCUUAGUUUUUCUCAUAAUGGUGGAUAUUUUUAUAUAGGAAAGACUAUACAGUUUCUUAAUGUCUUCUGAAUGUACUCUGCCUUUCAACAAGGAAAAGGAUUUUCUUUGUCUUAAUUUGAUUAGCAGGACACACUGUUCUGAUCUUGUACAGAUGUAAAGGAUAGCCGCUAUUUAUAUUUGAUUUAUGUAAGCAGUUAGAAUUUGCAAUUCAUGUCAGACUGCUGCUCAAAUUGAAAAGCCUUUUCCAAACAUGGAAUACCAGUAGCAUUUAGAGUUUGCUCUGCCUGCCCUCUGUCCAAAAGCGAGGAUCAACCCAAGAUCAGUAACCUUUUGAGAUAUUAUUGGGGUUGGUUCAUUCAUAGAAAAUAAGUUUAGUAUAUUGAAAGUUGUGUUUUUCAUAAAAUCUUAUGAUCCAUUUUCUUAAUAUGUAACUUAGUAAGUCACAAACUCUAAAAAUAGUGAUAUUAUGUAUAUUGGAAAGUUAAAUCCAUACCAGAUACAUGUAGACAUGAGCUAUUAUAUUAACUGGAGUUGGUCAGCAAAGGAGAAUUAGCCAAAUGCACAUUUGCUCUGUAAUUGAUUAAAGGGGGAAAUAACUUGCAUUCCUUACAGUCAAAACUGACAUCAGCCAUUUUCUUAAUGAAAUGAAAUCAAAACUUUGCAUUAUUUGUAAAUGGGGUGUGUGUAUUAUGGGAUCUAUAUAGUUUAUUUGUUACAACAAAAUUAGAAUCCUCAAUUUUUGGAAUUAAGCAAUAUUAAUAGACACAACUUACUUUCCAAACAAUACAAUUUCAACACUUUCAAAGCCCUUGAAGUUUCACUGUUUAAACGUAUUUGGAGUGUGUGGAGGAGCAGUUCAGAUGAACAUUCCCCUCAUGUAAUUAAGGGAUGCUCUGGAAACAUGUUAGGACAUCCUCCAGUGACAUCAGGGUAGGUGUGCUUUCAAUGCAGCUCCAUCCUGAUCAUGUGUACUGUGCUGCAUCUCAUCCAAACAAGCCCUUUGUCAUUUGCAUUGUUCCGUAACUGUGAAGCUUCAUGGGCUUUGAAAGUGUUGAAAUAGUAUUUUCUUUAGGAAGCAAGUUUUGCUUCCAUGUUAGCAUUUCAGAAUUAAAAGCCAAAGCCUUUGGAAACAUGCCAUGUAAAGUGCAACUUCAACUCAGUGAUUUGAGUACAUUAGCAGAGUCUCUCAUUUUCAAGAAAUGCAAUUUUCAAAAGUUGUUUAUUAUGAAAAUGCCAAAUGUGGCCAGUAUCUUUAACAGAAAAAUUGCCUUCUUAAGAAUCAAAGAUAUCUAUCUACAUUCUUCUGAAAUGUGCAAUAUUGCAAACUGGUAUAUUGCAAACUGGAAUGAGGAGACAUUAUCUGUCCUCACUCACACAUAAACAUUUAGUAAUUUUCCUUUUGCAGGUCCUAAAUUUCUUGACCUUCAGUUUCAUGGGUUCUAGAGUUGUGAGAGGGAGAAAAAAAAUUCCCUCCGUACUCUCUCUCUACUCCAUGCAUAAUUUUAUAUACCUUGAUCAUGUCUCCCUGUAGUCACCUCUUUUCCAAACUAAAGACCCCCAGAUGCUGUAGACCUGCCUCAUUAGGAAGGUGCUCCAGGCCCCUGAUCAUCUUGGUUGCUCUCUUCUGCACCUUUUACAGUUCUACAAUGACAUCCUUAAUAUAUAGUGACCAGAACUGUACAAAGUACUCCAAGUUUGGCCGCACCAUAGAUUUGUAUAGGGGCAUUAUAAUACUAUUAUUUUUAUUUUCAACCCCCUUCCUAAUGACCCCCUAGCAUGGAAUUUGCCUUUUUCACUGCAGCCACGCACUGAGUCAAUACUUUCAACGAGCUGUCCUCCAUGACCCCAAGAUCUCUCUCCUGGUCAGUCACUUGACAAUUCAGAUCCCAUCAGUGUAUAUGUGAAGUUGUAGGGUUUUGCUCCAUCACUUUACACUUAAUUUAAUUUAUUUAUUUAACAUAUUUCUAUACUGCCCAAAAUUGUGUCUCUUGCUUACAUUGAACCGCAUUUGCCAUUUCGUCACCCACUCGCCCAGUUUGGAGACAUCCUUUUGGAGCUCCUCACAAUCUCUUGAGGAUUUCACUACCCUAAAUAGUUUAGUGUCAUCUGCAAAUUUGGCCAUUUCAUUGCUUACCCUAACUUCUACAUCAAUUAUGAACAAGAGCACUGGUCCCAGUGCUGAUCCCUGGGGGACCCCACUUCCUACUCCCUUCCAUUGUGAAAACUGUCCAUUUAUUCCUACCCUUUGUCACCUGUCCUUCAACCAGUUACCAAUCCACACAUGAACCUAUCCGUUUAUCCCAUGACUGCUAGGUUUACUCAAGAGCCUUUGGUGGGGAUUUAUACUUUGAAGUCUGAAGUAAUAUGUAUUUACCAUAUGCUACCUUCUAAAUAUUGAAGCAGAUAUCAAAACAGAGUUGGCAAACAGUAAUGUAUACAAUAUAAGCCACUGGCUUGUUUGGUUAGGAAACAGACAUUUCUAUAAGUUUUCUCACUGUUUGGUUUUAUCUUUUCAGGUAUCAGCUGACCCUGUUAGUUUAUAAUCUCCUCUACUGAUAAUAUAUUAGAGAAAGAAAAUGGUGAAAAUCAAAGCCAUUAAAUAUUGCCAUUUUCCUACUUUCAGACUCCAGGGUAGGAUUUUUAGUAAAUAAAGUUGCUCUCAAAAAGUACCGAGAACAGCUUUUAACCCUACCAUUUUUCGUUGGAUUCAAAUUUGGAAGCAACUAGUGGCAUUCAUUAGAGAUGUAGCUUUCUUACUUACUACUUGUGAAGACUCUUCACAAUCAAAGAUUUCCAUCUAAAUUUCUUCACUUGAGCAUUUUGCAGUGGUUCACAAUAUUAAACAAUUGGUUUCUUAAUUUGAAUGAGAAAGUAAGUCCAUACUGUGUCUGUGUUUGUUAUUCAAGGCCUAGUUAGCUGUAUAACAGAAUCAUUAUCAGUGUGUACUUUUCAUCAAGCAGACAUCACAAAGAGGAUACCUUACUGGUGUUUCUGAAAUGCUACAUUAUUAAACUGGUUACCAUCCUGACCAAUGAAGCACAUGGACUUUAAGCCUCUGUGAGUCCUUGCACAAACAUGCAAGAGUCCUAAUACUUCCACACAAUGUGUGUCUAAUCUUAAGGCUGCUUCUGGAGCGCAGGAAACACUCAGAAAUGUUUGGGUUCUUGCACAAUAGUGCAUUUGCUAGAGGACUGGGGGCUCCAUGAGAACACCCACUGUACAUCCACAGAGGUUCACUCAGUCAGGAUGACUAACUUCAAUCUUUUUUGAAGAUAUUAGUAAUAAUCUAAGAAGGCUAGAUAAUCUUGAGAAGAAAAAAUAUGCUACUUGGCUUUUUCUGAUAGUAGUGCAUCUCCCACCCACCCCCCAAAUGUUAUUUCCUCUGGCACUUCUGAGCUCAGCUAUUUUCAUGCAGGUCCAUCAAAUUCUGCGUUCUUGAAACCUAAGACAUAACCGGGGUGAACUGUUGCCCGGCCACAGUUCUUUUCUCCCUUCAGAUGUUAAACGUUAGAUCUUGAAACACAAAGAAAAAAAUGUGCAAAAGGGCAGAGUGCACAUUGCUAAAUGUUACAUCCCUCCUUCCCUUUAUAGCUGGCAGCAUGUUGAGUUCUGUUUUGUAAGCAAAAGAACUUUUCCUCUGGCAAGAAUAAAGCUAUGAACAAGAAAGGAAGAUAAGGUAAAGGAGGGCCAGAUGGCUUAAACAGGCUUGUAUGUUAGGAACUCAUUAUUGUGCAGCAAUAGAACAGAGAGAGUAAGAAUGGAAACAUGUUAUUUUUCCAGGUUAUUUGUUCCAAAGUGCUCAUUUCUGGGCUAAAGCAUUCAGUGCAUUAUAUGCAGGUAACUCCAAGCAUGUAGGGAACCAACAUUUUGCUUUCCUCAGGUAGUAGUUCCUCUGAAGCCAUUUUCCCCUCUUCUAUUGUCUUCAGUAAUACAAAGGCUGUGUCACACAUCACAUGGGAGGAAAUGCAUAAGCAUGUGACAGAGCUGCAGCCAAUCAUAGCUAAUUUCCAUGCAGAAAUACAGGUGGCCCUUCCAUAUCUGCGGUUUUGCGAAUCCACGAUUGGGUCUUAUAGACUCAGUUUCAUUAUCCGUGUGUAGAAAAAUAGGCAGUUCGCCUAUCUGUGCUUUUGAGUGGUCAGAAGUGACUCAGAAAUUAUUUCUGAUGUCAUUUCAGCCACUUUCCAGCAGAAAGCCAUUUCGUAGCUAUACAUAUAUAGCUGAAUAUUCUACUGAGGGGUAGAAUAUUCUACUGAGGGUUGGGCUUUGCCGGAGACCUGGAGAAUACGGUACUGUCCUUUUCUUCUCUUAUUUCUGCCUCUCUUGCUUUUUUGCCCCCACCCCUUUUUGGUUAGGAACCUAACCCCCCAAUUCACAUUGACUCAAGGUUUCAUUCUCUGUUUCUGCAUUCGCACCUAUAGGUGAGAACAGAACUCCUGCAAGGGCCACCUGUAUUCCAUUUCUGUCUUUCCUUCAGAAUCCAUAUUUGUUAUAUGGGAAACAGCCUUGUUGCUGAUAUUUUUCUUGAUGUUCAGAUUAUCCAUGUUGUCUUUUUGUGUACAUUUCAUUAGAAAUUCAGGCCAGUUAAUUCUUUAAUUCUUUCAGUAAUCAUUUACCUCAGUAUUAACUCAACCCAUUGUUUCUGUAGUAUCAUAAUAUUAUAAAAUCCUUUCCUCUACUCCUGUCAUCUUCAUUCAAAAUAUUGUUCCUGUGUGGAUUGGCUUAUUACAGGCCUGUGGAGCAUAGUUCACUGAGGGCUCCUUAAAACCUGAAGCUAGCCCUGGAACGUUGCUCCUCUACAAACAUUUCUAGAGAGCUGUUCUUGUGGUAGUAAGCAUGACUUGUCUCCUCAGCUAAGCAGGACCUGCUUAGGGUCCACCCUGGUCGCAUAUGAAUGGGAGACUUGAUGUGUGAGUGCUGUAAGAUAUUCCCCUCAGGGGAUGGAGGCGCUCUGGGAAGAGUGGAAGGUUCCAAGUCCGUCCCCCACCCGGCAUCUCCAAGAUAGGGCUGAGAGAGAUUCCUACCUGCAAUCUUGGAGAAGCCACUUGCCAGUCUGUGUAGACAAGACUGAGCUAGAGGGAACUAUGGUCUGACUCAGUAUGUAGCAGCUUCCUAUGUUCCUAUUUGUAUUUGAUAGGUUAUUUAGAAAGUUGUGGGGUGAGGAAGAGCAGAAAAAAGGCUGUGUCAGAGAGUCAGCAAAGGGAUUACACCUUUCAUAUUUAUUUCAGAAAUAAAUAAAUAUUGAGGUACCAAGAAAUCAGAUGUUGUGGGUUUUACACUGAUUACUCAGAUUGUUUCCUAAGAAUAACUUGAGCCAGGAUCCAAAGAGCUACUGGAGGCUUCUUCACAUUUUAAUUGAACAGCUGACCCUCAUGUUGUGUUGCAACCUACUUUUGUAACCUUUCUGUUGUUUGUUGUACAGCAUAGGAAACUGUUCUUUGACAAAUUUGUGUCCAAAGUCCUGUUGUGCAUUUGAAACUGCUUCUGUGGUUCUGUGGAUCCUUUCCUGGAUUUCCAAAUGCUUACUCUGAAAACAUAUAUCAAAGACUCUUAAUUUAAAUAUAUUUAAGUGCAGCCUCCUUUUCAUGCUUACAGAGAUUAAUUGAUGUUAUAAAGGUUCCUCUAUGCCCAAGAAUUGCACAACUAAAAUAAUAUCCUUUUAAAGUGGGAUUUUGGGACCAUCUAAUCAGACCAUCUAAUCAGGACUUGAAUGUUGAAGGCUUCCAAGGAGGUUGGUUGAUAUUUAGUCUUCAUAGACUAAAUUCAUGGACUUCUCACACUAGCAGAGAAAAUUAACUUGUUGAAGCCAAUCAAGUUAAUUAAUUAAUAAGAUUCAAAAAGCUAAUAUGAAGCUUCUUGAAUUCCCUUUAAAAUCUCAUAAACCCUUGCUUUGUACUAAACUUGACCUCUAGAUGCUUUUAACCUGAACAGUUAUGCUUCAGGAUCAAAAUAUGACCAGAAAUCUCCAUGGAACAAAGUCCAGCAAAGUAAAGGGGUCAGCUGAUUACACUGUGUAGCAUAAGCACAAAAUAGAAUAUUACAGCAUUGUAGAUACACUUUACAAGGCAGUGACAUCAUGUGACCUGAGCAGACUCUGCCACUAUUGGGCCUAAUCACCAGCAGGUUUACAUCUGUAAUGUAAUUAUAGCUCUGAUUGUAAAACACAGCCUGUCUCAUUUUCGCAUAACUAGGAUAUCAUGUGCAUCAAGGAAAGAGAAAACCGCUCUAGCUCUGCUAUUAACAUGCCAAACUAAGAAGACCUGGGCAUAAAACAACAACAACAAAAUUCUAAGCCAUUGGAAAGAGGGCAGUGCUAUUAUUAUUAGCUUACAGAGGAAAGAUUCUUCUUCAAAGAUGGAAAUGUAAGAUCAUAUCAGAUCAGUAAUUCUCAAAUGUAUCAAGGAAUAACACAGGACGUUUUUAUUUACUGCCCCCACCUCUUUAAGCUUUAGAAAGGUUAGAAAAAAUUCAGAAGGGAAAAACAUAGGGUCCUAGUUGUGUAGACAGGCAGAACAAUAAAAAUGUUUACAGUAAACCUGACCCAGCCUGUAAGGUUAUGUUUAAAACUUACUUGGAUUUUCACUAAGCCCUGCUACUCUCAUAAUUCUUCAAUGCCAGAAGAAUUGAAUCCCUCCUAGGAACAUGUUUUCAGGAUUAUUUUGUGCUAAGGAAUGCCAUGUGCUUCAGGGCUUUUUUCAUCACAACAAUACAAAGGUUUGUAACUCACUCUUAGGGGGUUUGGUGUUGGCCAGGGAGUGUAGCUGAGUAAGGACCUCCUUUGAUGCAAAAGAGAUUUCACAGUCAUGUGACUGGACAAGAAGGAAGGUUGCAGAAAGGAUGAUUGAUUUGACAGUCAUAGAAGCAAUAUUUUCCAAUAUGUUUUAUGGAUAUUUUUAGCUGUUUCCAUGGAAUUGGGUUGGACCACAGGGGCUUGCUAACAAAACAUAGUAUAACAAUAUUACUCAAUGCUGAGUAGGACACUGCAAUAGUUUACAGCUUUUUACAUACAUGUAUUAUGGUGUGGAUUUGGGCUUUUUUGUUUUUUGUUUUUAGUUAGUGCCAAUAUAUGCACCAGCAGGUUUAAUAUCAGGUAAAGCACCUUUAUGCUCUUUGUUGUUUAAAAAUAAUAUAUUUGUGAAAUACAUUGAUAAUACAUAACACUGGAAAGGGUUGCAUCUUCCCAAAACGUACAGGUGCUUAAAAAGGGAGGAAGGGGAGCUUAUAGUAGCUUUCCCAGCUUUUAACAAGCGUCAAAAUGAUAGUCUAUGUAAUACUGAUUAGUUGUCUGUCCUUUUGUAAUUUUAACAGAUCGACAUUUUAUCUUUUAUUUAUUUGACUUUUUUUUUAUAUUCACGUUGGAACCGAAGUUAACCUUGUUUCACUUUCCUAACCUGUUACAAAAAGGGGAUCUUCUGUGUUCUUAGAAAUGAGAGUUUCAAACAGUCUCUUUCUCUUUGUCUGGACCAAUUACCACUAACGGGUCUGUGGGACCUUUUUUUACUGUAUUCUUUCAAUAAAUGUACAAUAUUUGUAUCA